AAAAACAAAGAAGAGUGAAUUGGCAGGCACUGUGGGUGGCGCUCACACCUGUAACCCAAGCACUUUGGGAAGUUGAGACAAGUGGAUCCCUUGAGCUCAGGAGUUCAAGACCAGCCUGGGCAACAUGGCGAAACCCCAUCUCUACAAAAAAUAAGCCGGGCAUGGCAGUGUGCACCUGUAGUCCCAGCUACUUGGGAGGCUGAGAUGGGAGGCUCACCUGAGAUGAGAGGCUCACCCCAACCUGGGAGGUCGAGGCUGCAGUGAGCCAUGAUAGUGGCAGAGCGAGAUCCUGUCUCAAAAAAUUAAAAAUACAUAGAAGAGUGAAUCCUCAGCCAUGCCAAGUGUGUUACAUCAAUGUCAGUGUCUUUGCUGGGAGGAAGUGGGAUCCUGAAACUUGAGAUGGAAAAAUCCAGGUUGAUAAACUUGAAAAUCUUGAAUCCUCAGAUUCCCCUGAACCCUCUGGGUCUGAAGAAGCAGCUCAGUCCUUCCUGUGAAAGGCCGAUGAUCCCACUUUACUUAAAAUGAUGUAGAUGGUUAGGCCUAGCUUCUGCGGGAGAGUGGUUGGUUGUGAGGGUCGCAAGAUGGGAAUUCUUCCAGAAUGUAAAAAUAUCUCACUGUGGGUGCAAGUUCCCAAAGACCUGGAAGAUCCAGAGGUGUUUCAGGCCCAGAGGCGGCUGCUAGAAGCCACGUAUGGCCCAGAAGGGUCACAGAUCCCUUACACUGAGCAGGUGAGGAAGGCCAUGUUUGAGCUGAAGGCUCUGAAAUCUUCAGAUCUCACUGAGGUCGUGGUUUUUGGCUCCUGUUUGUACAAGCUCUGGACCAAGUGGAUGCUGCAAGUCCGUGGCUGAGUGGUUCCAGCUUGGUUUAAACUCUGCUCCAGAGUGAUGAAUUAAGGAAAAAAACAUCUGUUUUGGCAUCUCUGCCCUUGCUCUGACUCCAGUUGUGAAUAUCGUUUUUGAAUGUUGCGAGUUCAAGAAUAAAGUUUUAAAUAAACUGUAAAUAGUUUUAAAAAAUGACUUAGAGGCCUUUGGCUUGCAUCAUCCCCAUAAUGCAUAAGAUCACAUCCAUCCAUCCCCAUAAUCAACUCUCAUCUCCCCACCCAGCCACCAGACCAGUGCUGGGAUCACGGAGAACCGUACCUAGCACCUCCCUUAGCUGCUAAGGGAAACAUGGAUCACAGCUAAAAGAGAUGCAGGGUAUAGCUAGUAUGUAUUGGCAGGAGCUGGGAGUGAAUAUGUGGAACUGGAUGCUAAGGAGGCUGGAUCAGUGGAGAUAAAGAAGAAUUUAUGGAUAAGGGAGAACUCUUCCAUAACACAGGAUUUAACACCUUGGGAAAGAGUGUUGACUUGCUGCCAAGAUAGUUUUUGAGAAAGCUUAGAAGAAAUAUAAUAGAAAAUUCAGACUGCUUUGGAACAUAGCAAAGGAGUAAAGGGCUUAGAGAUGUGUGCUUUCUAGAGUAGUUAUAUAGGUCUGGAAAACCCAUCCGCUAUGUUCUGCAGAAGAAUCCAGAUGAUACUCCAUUUCUUAAAGGGAUAAGGAAUGUGCUGGUAAAAGGAGGCACCAGAAUCAUUGAGAAACUCAGUGAUCUUCUGUAGGCCAGGGCCACAGAAGUAAGAGAUGCCAUUGUAAAACUGGGCUCCCUAAUAGGCAGGGGCAGGAUAGGAUUCUAUCAUGUAACAGAGGUUAGGUAGUAGCACUUAAACCAUCACCUGCAAAGUAGGUGAGAUUAUCAUAGUAAGCAGAAAAAAACAGAGUGUUUCCCAGAGGGGUCUGAGACAAAGAGGGCUGUGGAGAUGGUUGUGAGAUGAUGGGUCUAGGGGCAAGGUGGAAAACUAGUACAAGUUUUGACUAUUGCUCAAUCUGUAAAAUGAAAAGAAAUCAAGAAUGAAUGAUCAGGAGGCUGAGGGCAGCUGCCCAAAUAAAAAAGACAUGGUUGCUUGACCAGUUUCUGUAUCUGAACCAGUUUUCAGGUCCAGAACCCAGUGGGUGAAGUCUGCCGUGCCAGAUGUAUCCUUGCCAAUGAAGACUAGUAUGGCCUCAGGUACAGACUGUUGGCCUGAUGAAUACAGUCAUUUCCAUCCUGAUAAGAAAGAAGAAUAAGAAUCAGUUCAGGCCAAGUGCAGUGGCUCACGCCUGUAAUCCCAGCACUUUGGGAGG